AUGUUCCGUCAUCUGCUCGGGCUGCUUGCGGGUGUCGCGGCCGCCGAGGGCGGUCCCACUGCGGGCGACGCCAGCGGCUCGGACUGCAUCGGAGUGCACUCGACGGAGCCGACGCUCUCUCCGCCCGGCUUUGAGACGGCGACUGCGGGCUCUGUCCUGAACAUGCCCGAGUCGUGGCCAGCUGCCCAGCAGGUACGGAAGCUGGUCGAGACGGGCCUCGUCGGUGCGGGAGUCUUGCACGUAUCCGCUGCCCGAGUCCGCGUGGCCGCCGCCGCACUGCUCCUCGGAGGGGCGGCCGCGUUAUCCACGGGUCCAAAGGGCGGCGAUCCCUGCCUCGUGGACGCGGGCGUGCGGAUCUGCCACCCUUCCCUCAUCGAAGAGAUGCAGCGUGCGACCGCUGCUGGCGCAGAAGCCGACAUCCCCACGGGUGCACGCAAAGAGCGCCGUCUCGCCGACGUAUGGAACCAGACGCUUCACACAGUGCUGAGCCACAAGGCUGACGCUGGGCGACUCGCCAUUCUACGUUGGACCAAAAGCGGUGCGCGAGCAGUUGAGCCAAAAGCGGUGCGCAUCAGGCCUCGAUGUCAACGGCGCCCUAGUCACAGGCACAAUCCCAGGCAAGCCCCGCAAAACCUCGUGCUGCACUACGAGUUGUGCCCGGUGCGGAGCGACUCGGCGCCUCCCCGCUUGCCCGCGGUCCUUCUGCGCCUACGGCUCGUCGAGUCUCUGCUGUCGCUGCUAGCAGCGGGGCACGCAGGCACGCCCGCAGUGGUCGAUGCGUUCGCGUGCUUCGAUGCCUCCUCGUCGAAGGGUCCAGGGUCGUGCCAAGAGCGGGAGCGGGCCACAGAGAUGACGCUGGAGGCGCUGGUCACAGAUCAUUUGCUGCGAGGCUCGGGUUGGUUCAACUACUCGCCAUUCUACGUUGGACCGCCGGUUUUAAGAAUCACGGGCGUUCACUCACUCGCUCUCACGGCCAUGCAACGGGUCCAGCUUGCGACGGAGGCGCAUCACCUCCGCAGCCUGCAGCCAGAGAUGCAGCAGUACCUGCCACCCUGUGACAUUUGCCAAAACACGACGAUCAUGUCUGCUGCUGAGCAGCGCCACGCGACCAGAAGGAGCGCCACUCGGGCGAUCGUCACGUUCGUGAGCACGCCGAGCUAUCUGGUAUCGGCCCGCGUGCUACUGCAUAGUUUGCGCUCGGCUGGCUCCCGACUGCCGAUACUCGUUGCGGUGCUGGAGCCCUCAAGCCCGGCACUCAAAGCGCUGUAUCGAUCGGUUCGUCGCAUGAUCGAUCGAGACUUUGGAGCUCGCCCCCACCAGGUUAGCAUUGUACAGUGGGGCGUGGUUGCACCACCAGCUCACUCCCGCGAACAUCCUCGUUGGACGCGCAACUACGCCAAGCUGCACCUUUUUGGCAUGCGUCAGUUCGACGAGAUUCUAUACGUCGACUCGGACGCAAUCGCCCUGCGCAACGCCGACGAUUUUUUCUCGAAUCCCAUCGUGCGCAAGAGCACAGCGCGGUACCUCACCGUGGCAGACUGGGGCGCCUGGACGCGGCCGCCGAUGGACGCCAAGGCCAACGGUGGCGUGCUCUUCGUGCGGCCGUCGACGUCUCUCCUCAGCUGCAUGCUUUCGACUUUGCGCAAAGCAAAGGCGACUGACUUCAGGUCGGCAGAGGCCGAGCAGGGCUUUCUACGGUUUAUCUUUGGCGACAGCGCUGCGGUGCUGCCUAUCACAUUCAACAUGCAGAAGAGCAACAAGAAGCACAACCCAUCCGUGUUCUCUCUCGACCGCACCACCUUCUUGCACUUCACCGGCACCAAGCCUCACGCCACCUGGUCGCGCAGCGCCUUUCUGGCGCGCUUUCGCCCGUCCGAUCUGCGCAAGUGCCUGGCUGCGGUCGACCAGAUUGACGACGAAGACCCAGCCUACGAUGAGCUCACUGCCGUCUGGCGGCGCUCGUACUUCCGCCUGGCGCAGCUCGGCCGCUAUCUGAGCCUGUUCGUCGCAUAUUACAACCGCGCCUCGUGGGCUCGCAUUUGGCCCGACCUCGGCGCUUGGCAUCCCUCUGACGCGUUGGUCCCACUCUCGCUCACACCCAAGCCGGUGGACCCUAACGGACUGACGAUUCAGAACGAGUUGCCGUCGCUGUCCGACCCAGCGAAGCAGCUGCAGCUCGGAGAGAGCGCCGCGCUGCUGGCAAUCGCCAAAUCUAAGUGGUACGACAAGCAGUGGGUGGGCUUUGCCACGUACAACGAGCAGACGAAGGCGGUGUGGCAGGAGGGCGUCUCGCUCGACUGGGUCAAAGUCGAAGAGGCGAUCCUCGCGAGCCGAGAAGACGGCGCACCGGGCGCACCCCGCACCGUGCUUUUCUGGUAUGGGAUAUUCGCCGGCGAUUACUGGCGGCUGCUUGACCUGCACCACGCGGGGAUGCGCCGUGUGCUGCUCCAGACGCUGCGUGAUAUGAACCAGCAGCCGUCGCGGCGGGGGCUAGCGCCCAUCGACGUCUCCCUCAUCGACCGCCAAAUGCCGCCUGAUCGAUUCUGGCCAUUCGGCAACUACGUGAUCAUGCCCGCGCCCCUCCUCCGAGAGUACGCCAUGUUCCUUGAGGACUUCGUGGAGGCGUUUGUUGCGCGUUACAACGCAACGUGCCCCUUUAGCACGAUGGAGCUGUACACCGCCCGCUGGGCUGACCGCUGCCUCGGCUACGUGACGGAGCGGCUGAUUCACGUGUGGGCAGUCAGCAGCGGCGUCGAGCUCGUGUACGCGGUUGACGACCCCCAGGUGCGGUACCUCGCGACGUGCACGCGGCAGAGGGUCUCGUGCACCGCGCGCGAUGAGGUCACGUACCAUCCGUCCUUCGUGCAGAGUCUGCUCAGGUCGCGUUUGGCAAUUUUUGGAGCUGCGUGCGUGUGCGUCGCCGCCGCCGCCGUGGUGGCGAUGCACGCUGUGCGGCGGCUGGCCGCCCGCGGCGCACCGGACGCCGCGCUCUCCCGAGAAUAUCUUCCUCUUCGCCCUCGGGCAGUAUCUCAGCAUUGA